AUGCCAUCUGGUGAUACUAGUUCUUCUCAAACUAAUAUAGUUACAUUAAAUGUUGGUGCUAUUGUGGCUAGUAUUGUUGCAGGUGCUCUCAUAACUAUUAUUAUUGGUUUAAUAAUAUUCUUUAUUUGGAAAAGAAGAAUGUAUAAAAAUAAGAAAUCACCAGAACUUUCAUCUUCAGUACCAUCAGCUCAACCUAUUGCUGUAUCAGCGUUAUACAAUUUCCCAAUAUCUCAACAAAAUUCAUCUAUAUCGUCUUGUUCAACAAUGGAAUAUCAUUUAUACGAAGAAUUACCAUAA